UUGACGCUCCGCUCCGGAAAAGGAGCGAGCUGCGGCUGAACGCACCAACCGAACAGAGUGGAGGAGAGGAGGAAGGAGGAUGAUGGGAGCGGAUAUCAGUCCCCUCAAGUGACCCAUAUCUUACAGUAGACCCAGAUAUUAACCAGGCUGGUUCUUCUUCUCGAGGAUUCUACUCUCCACCAAGAUGUCGGCGUCGGCGAUAUUUAUCCUGGACCUGAAGGGAAAGGUGCUAAUCUGCCGCAACUACAUGGGUAAUAUGGACAUGAAUGAGAUCGACCACUUCAUGCCCAUCCUGAUGAAGCGAGAGGAGGAGGCGGAGAUGACACCCAUGGUCAGCCACGGCUCCUCGCACUUCCUGUGGAUCAAACACAGCAACCUUUACUUGGUGGCGAUGACUAAGAAGAAUGCCAACGCUGCUCUGGUGUACUCCUUUCUUUACAAAAUUGUGCAGGUGUUUAAGGAAUAUUUUAAGGAGCUCGAGGAGGAGAGCAUCCGUGACAACUUUGUGACAGUCUACGAGCUGAUGGACGAAGUGAUGGACUUCGGUUUCCCUCAGACAACAGACAGCAAGAUCCUACAAGAGUACAUCACCCAGCAGGGUCAUAAGUUAGAGGUUGGGGCUCCCCGGCCUCCUGCCACCGUCACUAAUGCUGUGUCUUGGCGGUCAGAGGGCAUCAAGUACAGGAAGAACGAAGUUUUUAUGGAUGUCAUUGAGUCAGUAAAUCUACUGGUGAAUGCAAAUGGCAGCGUCCUACGGAGUGAAAUAGUGGGCACCAUCAAGCUCAAAGUGGUCCUGUCCGGGAUGCCUGAACUCAGACUGGGCCUCAAUGACAAAGUGCUCUUCGAAAUUACAGGCAGAGAGAAAAGUAAGACGGUGGAGCUGGAGGAUGUGAAGUUUCAUCAGUGUGUCCGUCUGUCACGCUUCGAGAACGACCGCACCAUCUCCUUCAUUCCCCCCGACGGCGAGAGCGAGCUCAUGUCCUACCGCCUCAACACUACAGUGAAGCCUCUCAUAUGGAUCGAGAGCGUGAUUGAGAAGUUUUCUCACAGCCGCGUGGAGAUCAAGGUGAAGGCUCGGAGUCAGUUCAAGAGCCGGUCCACUGCCAACAAUGUGUCCAUUCUGGUGCCAGUGCCUAGUGAUGCUGACUCACCCAAGUUCAAGACCAGCACAGGCAGCACCAAGUGGGUGCCUGAGAAGAACGUGGUGCAGUGGAACAUCAAGUCUUUCCCUGGUGGUAAGGAGUACAUGAUGCGGGCACACUUUGGGCUUCCCAGUGUGGAGAGUGAAGAGAUGGAGGCGAAGCGACCAAUCACAGUUAACUUUGAGAUCCCAUAUUUCACUGUGUCCGGGAUUCAGGUGCGUUACCUUAAGAUCAUAGAGAAGAGCGGCUACCAGGCCUUGCCAUGGGUGCGCUACAUCACACAAAGUGGAGAUUACCAGCUCCGGACAAACUAAAGGGCACAGAUGCUGCUAGACGAAUGGAUAUCUUCUCUCUGUGUCUGUCUUCCUCUCUCUCUGUAUCUCUGGCUCCCUGGUCUGCAUUGGACAGCAGAGGACAAGUGCAGGAGGACACAUGAUAUUUUUCCCGCCCUGAACAGAAACAAGACAUCAUCUCCUCUCAACUCAGACGGGAAAGGCUGUUGCAUCACCUUUGACCUGUGAUUUUUUUUUUUUAAUUUUUUUUUUUUUUUUUAAGGUUCCUCAGGACUGCAGGAAAACAUUUUAAUAUGUGAAUAAUGAACUGAUGACUUUGUGUUGCUGUUUAGUUCUGGUGUCCCUCGCUUUUAACGCAAUAUCCCUCAAGGUUAAUUUGAGCAGAAUUUGGGGAAGAAGACGUUAAUUUUAAUUUCAGAAAAAGAAAACUUUUAAAUAUUACAAAUACAACCUUUUUUUAGGGUGACAGAUUAUGUGAUGCCAUUUUACAGUAACUUUAAUACUCAAAGGGCCGUGACAUUGAGUGUGGGUGAUUUUUCUAAAUCCGAAGUUUGCCAUUGAAACCAUCAGAUUUGUUUCUUUACAUGUCGCUCCAUACAGGAUUGAAACCACUAUACCACAUUUUAGCAUUGUCAGCAUCUUUACCUGUAAGGGGUUUUAUUCCCCCUAUGUUUUGUCCCUAAUAUCCGCUUUAUUAUCCAUAUACAGCCCAUUUUAACUCGGCUGUUAAUCUCCACUCCUCUCGAAGGCAUACAUUUCACUGCCACCUCUAUAUUAUAUGUUGAUUGCCUUAAAAAACUGCCUGUGUAUCCUUACCUUUAGCACUGUGAAGUUAAUCCCCAGUGCAGUGAAACUAACACCAGCGACCAGAUCAAUGAUUAAUAAGGCACAAUAUUGUCAGAGGCGUUGGUAGUGUAACUUAAUACCUUCAACGCACUCCCUUGGGGCCUGUAACCUUGUCCUUGUGCUCGAAAUCGGCUUGCAGCUUUUGAGUCAGAGACUGAGGGAAUGAGCACAGUGCAGAAUUUUUUUUGUCAUAUUUGUAUCUGUUGUUUAUACUGCACUAGUCAGUCCCCUGUGGGACGAGUCUGAAGGACAGAACAGCGGGUCAAGGAGGAGUGUGGGCAGGACAAAGGUGAAAUAACCUGAAGGGAUUUCUUUUCAGAGUCUGAGAAUAUUGACAAUAUGUUGGGGGGGUAAUUGUUUCUCCAUGUCUCUUUUUUACAUGUCAACCUCUGCAGGCCCCUAUAUGUCUUCAAAGCAGUUGGUGGUGUAAUUCACUCCCUCUGAUGUGCAUGCACUGCAGCACAUCAGUUCAGCUGCACUGCCAGCAGCACAGAAGAGAGUCCUGUGUCGAUUUAUUGCAUCUCUGCUGUUAAGUAUAAAACCUUCUGUUACAAUCAUUGCAUCAUCUCUUGUGGGGACAUUUUUCAGACACCAAUGAGGAUUGUUAAUGCGUUUGUGUGUUUCCACGUGUUGUCAUUAAUUUAUCAGUGGUUAUUUGUCAAUAGGAAGCAAAGGGAUAUAUUUGGAAAUAAACAAUUUUUUGUAUCUUG